GACACACAUCCGCUGGGAUAGCGCAAAAGACGCCGUCGAGGCAGCCUCCGGACCGCACACCUCGACACGAGGUGCCCACGACGCAUAGUGGUUGCCCGCGUCGCCGGGCGAGGUCCCUCAGGAGUUCCUGAGAGGCAGCCCCUGGCCGAGGGGCCAGUACCGCACGCUGAGCAGUCCUGCCGGCACGCCACCGCCGCGACGCUGACCAAGCGUCAACGCCGGUGCGCACAUAAAGAGCCAUGGGGCAGCUCCCCCUCCUCACGCUCUUUACAGUAUCAGCCCUCGCGAGCGACUUCACGGACACCUACCUCUACGUGAACCCGACGCAGCCGCAGGAGGCUGCUGAGAUACAAAUAGACUUCUUCACGACCUAUGAACUGACUGGGAACGGGAUCCAGGGCGAUGUUAUAUACGUCCAGCUGCCCAAAUUCACCAUUGGGGGAGGAGGCAAGAAGCCGGGGCCCAACGUUCCACGAGGCGAAUUAGUUAUAAGCCCGUCGGUCUAUUUUGAGGGGAGAUGGAUCGAGGGCGAGUUCAAUAACCUCACACAUCCGUUCCCCAACUCGACGCUCGCGUUGUACGUGCAGGAAGAAGUAACCAUCCCGGCGGGCACAUCUCUCAGAGUCCGCAUCUACCGGUCGAACAACAUCAAGGUCUACUGUGGGUAUGAUAGACCGCAAAACACGGACAAUGACUUUUUUCUCAUGUGGACGAACGCCUCAAAGGCGACGGGUCAACAGCAACAGAUCGAGUACGGCGACCGCGUCGGCAACGGCUGCUCGAAGAUCUCGGACUGCGGCUUGGUGGGGGACUGCGACUUCUGCCAGCAGAAGUGCUACUGCUGGCCCGGCAAGGGCGGCUCGGACAACUACAAGAAUACCGGUAGUAUGGACUGCACGCAGUUCGAGUGCCCCGAAGGUCCGAGGUGGGGCAGCAUGCCCCUCUCGGAGACGGACGGUGGCCACGUCGCGCAGACCAUGGCCUGCUCCGGGGCCGGUCUCUGUAUUGCGGAGUCGGGCGAGUGCGAGUGCUUCGACGGGUUCACCGGAGACGCUUGUCAACGCCGCAUUAGCACGUGCGGCGUCGGCGGCAAGUGCUCAGGUCAUGGACAAUGUUUGCCCAUGCACCAUUUAGCGAGAGCGAAGGAGGCGCUUCCUUUAUCUGAAGGUAUGUCGUCGUAUGGGGACGACCAUACUGUGAGAGAGCACACGGGCACGUGGGACUGGAACACGAUGAUGGGGUGUGCGUGCGACUCGUCGUGGCCCGUCGGGUUCGGGCCAGACGAGUACCAGCUGGGCGAAUACUACGGCGCGGACUGCUCCAAAAAAAGGUGUCCGACGGGCGUGGCCCCCUGGAUCCGGAACACGGACCCGAACGACGCGUGGAACGACACGGCGGCGCAGGCGGUCGGACCAUCGCGACCAGCGCAGGACCCGCUGAACCGCGUCGGGCGCAAGGGCAACCAGCACCUCGUCGAGUGCUCUGGCCGCGGCUCUUGCAACGAGGGGCGCUGCUCGUGCUUCGCAGGAUAUACUGGGCACAACUGCGACCGGUGGGUUCCAAAUAAGUACUGACACUGGCAUCACCUAACGCCAUCGAGCAGGCGUCGCGUCG